AUGGGUAAGUCACCGAAGGCAGCGGAUCAGGGCGACACGGGCGCCGGAGGUAAAAAGACAAAAGGUGAGGACGGAUUCAGCUUCGGAAUCGACGCCGAGGAGGUAGAGCCCACGGGCUCAGACUUUUCGAACGACAUGCCCACGCCGUUCGACAACUUUGUGGGGCAGGAUGAACAGAGUAAUCGGGCAGAGCUGCCAGAGAGCGGGCAGCCGGCAACCACACUAGCGCUACCUGCUGGCGGCGCGGGCAGCGGCGCGGGCCGCAAGUCGCCCCAAAAGAUGCAGCGGGCAGGCAUGCGACGGGCCGCGGGGGCGGGGGCCCCCAAGCAGCAGAGCGAUCCGGACAAGCUGAGCGACGCGCUGCUGUCUGCAGGCGUGGAUAUAAAAGAGGAGGAGGCGCUCCUGAGCUCCACCGUGACCACAAUGAAGUCCAACUCGCAGGUCUCCAACAGCCAGAUACCGCUGCAUCCCCCGUUCCUGCAUCCCUCCCACGUAGCCAGCAUGAUGAAAAAGGUCGCUGCCGAACAGAACUUCAACCAGGACUUCUCCAAGAGCUCGGAACUACUGAGCCUGAUGUCCACAGCAUGCGAACUCUACAUCCGCGACAUCAUCACGAACUCCAUCAUCAUCUCCCGCCACCGGCGCAAGGCCGUCAAGCUCAAUUCGGGGAGGCGAAGCGAAACCACACGGGUCCUGCGGGACCUGGCCCUCAAGCAGCGCGAACAGGAAGAGCGCCGGGUGAAGCGCCGCAUAGCGCUGGGCCUGGAAAAAGAGAUCACAGACACUAAGCUCGAUAGCGGCGAGACGCUCCAUCGCGCAUCCAAUGCCACGGCCAACAUGAUGAUCGCCGGCGGGAAGAAAAAGUACAGCUGGCUCACGUCCGGCUCCAAGGUCAACGCCACGGACCUGAAGAACCCCGGCAAGGUCUCUUCUGCUGUUGCAGCGCGCGGCGACCUGGGCAUCAAGUUCCGAGAGGCGCGCGAGGAACCGGGCAUAGUCAUGCGUGACCUUCUCCACGCGCUCGAAAACAGGCGCGUCGGCGUAAAUAAUACCAUUGCUAAGGGCUAUGCAAGAAUAAGGGACUAG